AUGGAACAAAGAGGACGCCACACAUGGAGAGAGCGGACAAAGUGGAUUACCUACAUAAUGGUUUUGGUUACGUUUUGGAGCAGAGCUUCGGGGCAAGUACGAUAUUCUAUCGCUGAGGAAGUGAAAGAAGGAAGUGUUGUUGGAAAUAUUGCGAAGGAUUUAGGUCUCGAUAAGAGCACGCUGAAAGAGAGGGGGUACCGUAUUGUCUACAGCUCGACAGAGCCUCCCUUUCGAGUGAAUCAGGACGACGGUAUCUUGUAUGUGAACCGAAAAAUUGACAGAGAGGAAGUGUGCGACCGGAGCAAGCUUUGCGUAAUCGACUUAAAAACCGUGUUAGAAAACCCACUGGAGGUCCACUAUGUAGCGGUGGAGAUUCUGGAUGUAAACGACCACGCACCAAGCUUCCCCGAAAGUGAAAAGAUGUUGGAGAUUUUUGAAUCUGCAUUACCGGGAGCAAGAUUUCAGUUACAGGCUGCGCGUGAUGCUGAUAGUGGCUCAUUAUCCGUUCAGCAGUAUAAGCUGAGUAGUAAUGAACAUUUUCGUUUGGAGGUGAAAGACCGCGGAGAGGACCGUAAGACUCCUAGUUUAGUUCUCCAAAAACCACUUGAUAGAGAAUCCGUCAAGACUCAUGUGUUACUUUUGACAGCCACUGAUGGAGGUAAACCUCCAAGGUCCGGUAACAUGACAAUAACUGUUGAUGUCUCCGAUGUUAAUGAUAACCCCCCAGUUUUCACACAGGAUUCCUAUCAUGUACAGUUAAAGGAAAAUUCUCCUUACGGCACCACUGUUAUUCAUGUAAAUGCAACAGAUCUGGAUGAAGGUUCAAAUGGUGAAGUUGUAUAUUCAUUUGGUAAUGAUGUGGAUGCACGUGUGCGUGCACGUUUUAAUUUAGAUCCAGUGACUGGAGUGGUUACUGUAGCGGGAGCCAUAGAUUUCGAAGAGAGUGGUAGAUAUGAGAUUGACAUCCAGGCAUCAGACAAAGGUGCGGCUACACUGACAACAGAUAAAACCGUCAUAAUAAAUAUUGUUGACGUAAACGACAACGCGCCAGAGAUUGAGGUGACGUCUUUUUCACGUGCGCUCCCGGAAGAUUCAAAACCAGGAACCACAGUGGCGUUGAUUAGUGUUAAAGACUCAGAUUCUGGUCUCAAUGGAAAAGUGAUGUGUCACAUAAGCCAAAGUCUUCCUUUUCUGCUCACUCCAUCUUUACAGAAUAACAUGUAUUCUCUAGUAACUAAACUGCUUUUGGAUCGAGAGCAGCAAUCGCAAUAUAAUGUAACAAUUAUCGCUAAAGACGCAGGCGAACCAUCCUUAUCAUCAGAAAAAACUAUAAAAAUAGUUGUGUCAGAUGUGAAUGAUAACAGCCCUGAGUUUUCACAGAACCCAUACACUUUCUACAUAACUGAGAAUAACAAGCCGGGAGCGUCUAUUUUAUCAGUGACAGCCCGUGAUGAUGACGAGGGAAGCAAUGCUCUUAUUUCAUAUCAUAUUUUGAGAGAUAGGGGAGGAGAUAAUCUGUUUACUUCAUUUCUCAACAUCAACUCUGAAAAUGGAGACAUUAUGGCGCUGAAAAGUUUUGACUUUGAAACACUGAAAACUUUCCACUUCCACGUUGUUGCGUCAGAUUCUGGAACUCCGUCACUGAGCAGCAACGUCACAGUCAACGUGUUCAUUCUGGAUCAGAACGACAACGCUCCAGUCAUCCUCUAUCCACUCAGCUCUAACGGUUCUGCUGAAGGUGUGGAGGAGAUUCCCCGCAAUGUCAACGCAGGACACUUGGUGACUAAAGUCAGAGCCUAUGACGCUGAUAUAGGAUAUAACGGCUGGUUACUCUUUUCACUGCAGGAAGUUACUGACCACAGUCUCUUUGCUUUGGACCGCUACACAGGACAGAUCAGAACACUUCGCUCAUUCACAGAGACAGACGAGGCUGAGCACAAACUGCUCGUACUGGUCAAAGACAAUGGCAACGUCUCACUCUCAGCAACAGCUACUGUCAUCGUCAAAGUUGUGGAGCCCAAAGAGGCUUUUGCAGCUUCUGAUGUUAAAACUUCAGCAAAAGUUGACGAGGAUGAUAACGUGACUUUUUACUUGAUGAUAACUUUGGGCUCAGUGUCUGUGCUUUUUCUCAUCAGUAUCAUUGUGCUGAUUGCAAUGCAGUGCUCAAAGUCCACUGACUAUACUUCUAAAUAUCUACAAGAGACUAAUUAUGAUGGGACACUGUGUCACAGCAUCCAGUACAGAUCUGGAGACAAACGCUACAUGUUAGUUGGACCCAGAAUGAGUAUAGGAUCUACUAUAGUCCCUGGCAGCCACGCGAAUACACUAGUGCUUCCUGACAGGAGGAGAACAUCUGAAGAGGUAAGCUUAUUCUGA